AUGAGCCAAUUUCCAGCUGGGUACGAAACUCAGUUCCAGUCCCAAUCUGACGACGAAGAAAACCUUUACAAUGUGGAACGGAUUUUAGCUGAAAAGGGGAGAAAAUAUCUGGUCCAGUGGGAGGGAAUCGAUCCUGUAACUGGGGAGAAAUGGAAGCCAGAUUGGGUCCCGAAAACGGAUUGCACGGACGACUUGAUUGAGGAUUGGAAAAGGGAAAAGGCACGAAUGAAUCAAAAGGCAAGAGCCAUGCCACCGAAGAGAGUUUCUUCUGUGUCAAAGCCUCGUCAGGUAUCUCGAAAGAGCAUAUCAUCACGGGGGACUGAUGCCUCUACCUCUGCCCGCUCGAGGUCCCCUGCACCACUACCUAAAACGUCUGCCACUUCUCGCCGCGAAACAUUAUUCUGUAUUGAACUUCCUGCUCCCAGGCGCACCAAACGCCGACGUGACUCGGACUCCAGGGAAGAUCCAAUAUCCCCCGUCAAAAAGAUGAAACUUGGCGGUCCUCUUUCACCACUACCUGCUUCGCCCUUCGAUAACGAUGACGGUGGUGUGGGCGAGAUGUUCCCCAAAAAGCGGUUCGGGCCAGUGACAUACAAGGAACGAAAGCCCAAGGUCGUCAAGAACGCCGAGUUUCCAAAGCUCACCGGACCUUAUGUUCAAGCGCACAAGGAGGGCGAGUCAUCUCGUGGCCCAAUAAAUCCCGAGCCUAUCAAGCGCCGAACAAAGGCCAGCCGUGAAGAUAAAGACGAGGAUGGAGACAAAGACGUCAAUGAUACCGAUACCGAAACAGAAGAUGAUGAAUACUCGCCUCCUCCAAAGCGCGGAGCAGAUGGCAGGAUCAGCCCUCUUAAAGCUAAAUCUGAACCCACACUCAAGCCUCGAACUAGGAACGCUACCCGAAAUACUUCAGACAAGCAUUUACGCGCAUCUAGCGUUCCCCAUGAACGACCACAUCCAACGUCCGCCGCUCGUACCCGCGUUCUACCUCCUCGUAGCAAGCCUUCAACCCAAAGAGAUAUCAGGAGGCAAGCGCUGCAGGGGCCACCUGGACCUCCUGAGGAUUAUCCAUAUUGGCCCUUGCUUGUUGAAAAGGAUGAUGCACUACGCCGGCGAAGUGGCUCCAAGUCCAGGACGAGCAGUAUUGCAAACAGCAGUCGCAGGAGUGCGGGUAGGACGUCGAUUGUUGGCCCGUCGACUCCCUCAGAGGCAAAGGCUCCCGCCCUUCUCGAGGGUAAAGCGCCGCGUUCUACCUCACCACGUCAUGCCCCUGCUCCUGAGCCCGUUCCGGUCCCUACCCCCUCUACUGCUCUCAUACCAUCCGACCCCUCUCCUGAUGCCCCCAAGAGAUCAAGUCUAGCCAAGUCAACGGCUGGCUCAAGUGCUAGACCAAGUUUAGCUAAGAGCGUGUCGUUCCGCGUGGAUGGAGUAGACGACGUUGACGAAUACCAAGACGAUUAUGCGCUUAAUGUGCUUGACGAUAGGAUGGCCGACCCGAAUCGUAUCACCUCAAGUAUCGAGUCUGAAGAUAAGACUUCAGGGCAGAAACCUACACAGUCAACACCCGCUGACCCUGAGAGGUCUAAGCCACAACCCCAACCUCAAUCUCAGUCUCAGUCCAACAGUGAUUCCUCCAAAAUUACGCAUGUAUCUGACUCCGAGGACGGAACCGAGGAAGGGGAAAACAAGGAUGACAAUUGUGAAAACAAGGAAGUGGGCGAAGUUGACGAGAGUGAGGCCGAGGUUAAGAAUCUCGAACUGGUUCCAAAAGAGCCAGACGAAGAGGAUGGCAAAGAGGACGACGACGACGACGACUCAGGAGAGGUUCAAGGAGACGACCAACAAGAGGAACGAGAGAACGAGACUAAUAAAACCGACCAGGGCUCGACUCGUAGUUCGCCUUCAUUGGGCGAUGAUGGCCCAUCUCUCGCACCAGAUACCAGUAGGCGAUCUCAAAGUCCUCAACAAUCCUCAUUUCUCGAGACUCAACAGGAUGGUUUGCCCGAUUCACCCGAAAAUACUGACAACGUGGAUGAGGUGGACAUGCUCCUCUCCUCCGACGCCUCGGAAGGUUUCGAAUCAAAUGAACAAAAGAGAGAACAAGAAGAAGGCGAAGAGGACGAGGGCGGCGACAAAGACGAGUAUGAAGAAGAGGAUGAAGAGGAGGAUGAAGAGGAAGAUUCAAUGGCCACCUUCGGCGACAGCACGCUCGACCCGUUGAACAUGACCGUGAAUGACGUUAGCCAGGUGCAUUAUACAGAAGAAUCGGUGCGCAUCACCCAAACAUCGACAGACUCGUCCUUUGCGCAGAUACCAGCUCCCUAUUCUCGUACUGCUGUUGAUCAUCCAACUGCCCGGGAGGUUAUAUCAAAACUUCUUCCUGGGAUUCUGGAUACAUCUUCACAGUCGCAAUCGCAAUCUCAUUCUUUCCCUACGGCAACUCCGGACCAUGCUUCGACCCCUCCGACGCUUCCAUCUCAAACGGUGUCAGAUAUACCUACUCAACCUGGUUCCCAACCUCCCCAAUCACAACAAGACAAUACUCAUUCGUCCAUUGAAGAACCGGCUUCUUCUUGGAGUAUACCUCGGCCUGGUCAGCCGCUGCCUCAGAAUGACACCAUCAGCAACUUUACGCCUACCAAUCCAAGCAUGAAGCCUUCUCCAGCUGUGCCUACCCACGAGCAGGAACACGUCCAUUCGUCCAAUCCGGCUGUUGAAACCAAUGGGGACGAUCAAGCAGAUGUAACUGACCGCGAGCCACUCUCUCAAAUGAAUCGGUCUGAACCAUCUCAAGAGGCUAAACCAGACGAUGCGAACGCACCAUUUAUUCCUAUGUCCAGUCGGUCUAACGAGCUGGGAAUGGUACCUGAAAUGAGUGUGGAGGUUUUCAAGAAACAUGUUCGGCAUUCAUCUCCCGAAAGCGAUAUCGGAGACUUUAGUCCCCGGCGAUUUUCGCCAAGCCGAGCAAGCUCUCGAUCCAGCGAAGGAGUUUCGGUUCGGCAACAGCAAGUGGCGGCACAUCAAUCCAGCCCAAGUUAUAGAGACAGUUGGCAUCAUGACCGCAGGGCCGAUCAAAGCAAUCUUCCUCGCCAUGCGAAUGAAGACAUGAAGAAACAAAUCCAAGAACAAGCUACGCGAAUUCAAGUUCUAUUGGCUGAUCUCACCAAUCUGGAAACCGCUAAAAAGGCUAUUGAGGCCGAAGCAGCUGCUUUCGUGGAGUCAACCAAUCGAUUAAACGAAGUUUUGCAGCAAGCGCGGCAGGAACAUGCACAAGAGAUAGAGAUGCGAACGACUACCAUAUCUGGAUUGGAGAAGGAGCUCGAGAUGGUACGAAACCAAUACGAGACGGCUGAGUCUCAACGUGAAUUCGCCCUGGAGCAGUACACUAGAGCAUCAAUCGAAGCCAAACGGAUGUCCGACGAGAACAGAGCACUUGAAGCCAAGGUUGAGAAGCUAGAAACUCAACUUAGCAGUGGAAUUCGCCAGUGGAAAAGCGGGUUCGAAUCGAACAUGGCCCGUUACAAACAGGAGGUUCAAACUCUCCAGGGUCAGCUCAAGCUUGAGCGUGAGAUGUAUGCUCGCUCCAAGGCGCCGGAGCUCUGUCGCCGUGCAGCAGAGUGGUAUGGACUGAAGAGGCGGAUCGAAGAACUGGAAGAAGAGGCUGCUGAAGCAGAACGACGGGAGACACUACUACGCGAACGGGAAGUUGAGAUCCGAAGACGGGAAUUGUUGGUUGCAGAUCGAGAGCAUGCCCUUGAGGACUCUGCGCGCGCUACUCAAUCCCAGGGUCAAACAAGCCUACGCUUGAGUCACGAUGACCUUCAGACCGAAACCAUGCUUUCUGAUCAAUCGGCUAUACUGGCCAGCCUGGAUGGCGAACUUGGUGAAGAGAUGGUGUGGAUGUGCUCGUACCGAGAAAGUACGGGCAAAAUAUGUGGAAAGGUAUUCGAUUCCAUGGGAAUGCUUCUCACACACGUUCUUGACGCUGCGGGCCACAGAGUAGAGGCGGCCUGCGAGUGGAUUGGCAGAGCCCAAUACACUGCGACAUACCUUCCUAAUAAUGUCCCUGCCCAUACGGAGGAAGGACAGAUCGGCACAAACCAGUGCGGGUCUGGGAAUAGUCAAACAUCACUGUGCCAGAAUCUCUAUAUAAACUCUGUUGAAGACUUUUGUCUCUGGGCCCCUCCGUACUCUGAUGGUAAAAACUCAUCUAUUGGAGAAGUUGAAGAGAUUGUAGUGUCUUGGUGCGUCAAGGCAGGAUAUGGCACCCGGUUGAUCCCCGACGGUACACUCAAAGGCGCUCAUUUCGUGCAAACUCCCGACUAUGGCAAGUAA